CUUCAGCGCGCCUUCCUGGCGAGGUUGCGCUCAUUGUUGUAAACUAGUGAAGUUAGAUAUUUUUAGGGUUUUUUUCCGGUGCUGACGGCUGCUUAGAAAGGGGCUCCUGUCGCUGCAUCCGCCAGUGACUGGUUCUUUGGCAAACCAGUUAUUCGAGUUUGUAAUCAUUAAAACAAAAAAGAACCCUCUGUCCCUGUACGGUGGCCGGCGAGGUUAGUGCGGCGGAAGUGCCCGAGAGGGUGCGCGCGGAGCGGCGGCGGCGCACGUGGCGCCGGGUGCUGAGCCAGGCCCAGGGAUGUCGUUUCGAGGCGGAGGUCGUGGAGGCUUUAAUCGGGGCGGCGGCUUCAACCGUGGCGGCAGCGGCAGCAGCAACCACUUCCGAGGCGGCGGCGGCUUCCGAGGCGGCGGCAGAGGCGGGUUUGGACGAGGAGGAGGCCGCGGAGGCUUCAACAGGGGCCAGGACCAAGGACCUCCGGAGCACGUAGUCUUAUUAGGAGAGUUCAUGCAUCCCUGUGAAGAUGACAUAGUUUGUAAAUGCACCACAGAUGAAAAUAAGGUGCCUUAUUUCAACGCUCCAGUUUACUUAGAAAACAAAGAGCAAAUUGGAAAAGUGGAUGAAAUAUUUGGACAACUUAGAGACUUUUAUUUUUCAGUUAAAUUGUCAGAAAACAUGAAGGCAUCUUCCUUUAAAAAACUACAGAAGUUUUACAUAGAUCCUUACAAGCUGCUCCCACUGCAGAGGUUUUUACCUCGGCCGCCAGGUGAGAAAGGACCUCCACGAGGUGGUGGCCGGGGAGGCCGAGGAGCGGGCCGAGGCGGAGGCGGCCGAGGUGGCGGGAGAGGAGGUGGAUUUAGAGGUGGAAGAGGAGGUGGAGGCUUCAGAGGAGGAAGAGGAGGUGGUGGAUUCCGAGGGAGAGGACAUUAGAUGCGACAGACCUCUCCAGCUGACUUCUGCUUUAACUGCGGGUCUGCUUCCGUGGUGUCCUGGAACUGCAGAUCCCGAAUUUGGUGCUGGCGACCCUGGGGCUGAAGCAGCAACAUCAUGCAAGCUCGAUUACCGCAGAAAAGUCACUUUUGCUCUGAAAGAGCAUGAACAAGGCUGAUGCUCCAUACCGUGCCUGGCACCCUGUGGGUGCUUAAUACUCGGCAGGAGCUGUCACUGGAAUCAUGUUUCAAUUUUUAAAAUAAAAUGUUUUAUUCCUUUAAGUUA